AUGAGCCUCCCACAGCUCGGCGGCGCAGGAGGCCCUCAUACUCAACCCUCUCUACCUUCGCUACCAGCACAUCUCCAAUCCGACACGCAUCUUACUGCUCACCUCGCCAGUCGUUUCCAUGUCUCUCAUCCUACCGCUCGACUUUCCUCUCACGCCCUCAUCUCGCUCAACACUUACACAAACUCGUCAAAGGGUCCUGAUGGCGGCAAGGAGGGAAGCGCCAUGGCAGGCGCUGAGGAUAUUGCCGACCGUGCCUUUCUACGACUAGGACACAGAUCUGAAAACCAGGCAGUUGUAUUCCUUGGUGAAUCUGGUGCUGGAAAGUCUACCAUUCGAGCACACCUUCUUACUGCUCUCCUCAACAAAUCCUCGACACCUCUUUCCACCAAACUUUCUCUAGCCGCAUAUGUCUUUGACAGUCUCACAACUACAAAGACUGCUACAACACCGACUGCCUCAAAGUCUGGUCUGUUCUACGAGUUGCAAUAUGACACUUCGUCUACUACCAACCCCGUCUUGAUUGGUGGUAAGCUCCUUGACCAUCGUUUGGAGCGCAGCCGUAUUGCCGAUGUCCCCACAGGAGAGCGAAACUUCCACGUUCUCUACUAUCUCCUUGCGGGUACUAGUGAGGCUGAAAAGUCUCAUCUUGGCUUGGACGGUGGCUCCAACGCUGCUGGCACCACUCAGAAGCGUUGGAAGUAUCUUGGCCACCCUACUCAGCUCAAGGUUGGAAUCAACGACGCUGAGGGUUUCCAAGUCUUCAAGAACGCUCUCCGAAAGCUCGAGUUUCCCCGUGCUGAGAUUGCUGAAAUCUGCCAGAUCCUUGCCAGUAUCCUUCACAUCGGCCAGCUCGAGUUUGAGACAACUAGCCAGACCAGCGUGACUGGCGAUGACAGCGGUGGUUUCUCCCAUGAGGGUGGCACCACCAUUACUGCUGUCAAGAACAAGGAUGUUCUCAGCAUUGUUGCGGCCUUCCUUGGUGUGAGCGCUGCCGACCUUCAGACAACUCUCGGUUACAAGACCAAGAUGAUUCACCGAGAACGUGUUACGGUCAUGCUUGACCCUAAUGGUGCUCGUGCCCACGCAGGAGAGCUUGCCCGAACACUGUACUCUCUGCUUGUUGCAUGGAUCCUUGAGACUAUCAACCAGCGCCUUUGCGCCCCUGAGGAGUCUAUUGCUAACACUGUCUCCAUUGUCGACUUCCCUGGUUUCUGCCAGCAGUCUCCCACUGGAUCUGCCCUCGACCAGCUCCUCAACAAUGCCGCCACCGAGAGCAUUUACAACCUGACUCUUCAGAACUUCUUCGACCGUAAGGCCGAUAUGCUGGAGUCUGAAGAGGUUAGCGUUGCUGCUACCAGCUACUUCGACAACUCCGACGCUGUUCGAGGUAUUCUGAAGCCCGGCAACGGCCUCCUUAGCAUCCUCGACGACCAGACCCGACGCAACCGAACGGAUAUGCAGUUCCUUGAGGCCCUCCGAAGACGCUUUGACGGCAAGAAUGCUGCUAUCGAGGUUGGCUCUGCGCAAGCCAAGCUGCCUGGUAGCAACUUCAUGACCGAGAACACAUCCGCCUGCUUCACCGUCAAGCACUUUGCUGGUGAGGUUGACUACCCCGUCAAGGGUCUUAUCGAGGAGAACAGCGAGGUCAUCUCUGGUGAUCUUCUCAACAUGAUCAACGGCACCAAGAGCGAGUUCGUUGCUCGUCUUUUUGGCCAAGACGCCCUACAGACUGUCACUCACCCCACCGAGCGCACAACUGUCAUGCAGGCUACUGUCAGCUCAAAGCCCAUGCGAGCACCCAGUGUCAUGUCUCGUAAGACUCAUCGCACUGGCCGUCCCAGCACCGCCUACAAGCGCCAGCAACAAGAGGCUAUGGAGGAGCUUGAUCAGCAGAGCCAAGCUGGAGAGUCCAAGAAGAACUCCAAGAUAGUCCUGGAACAGGGAGCUUCGGGCCAGUUCCUUGCCUCUCUGGAUAAUCUUCAAAAGGCUGUUACAGAUCCCGGCACUAACUCAUACUUCAUCUUCUGCUUGAAGCCCAACGAUCGACGAAUUGCCAACCAGUUCGAUAGCAAGUGUGUUCGCAUGCAAGUGCAGACUUUUGGAAUUGCAGAAAUUAGCCAGCGCCUCCGAUCCGCCGACUUCAGUUUGUUCUUGCCCUUUGGCGAGUUCCUUGGCUUGACAGAUGCUGAGACAAUCUUGGUCGGUAGCGAACGAGAGCGUGCUGAGAUGGUUAUCGAAGAGAAGCAGUGGCCCCAAAACGAAGUCCGUGUGGGAGCCACUGGUGUGUUCCUUAGCGAACGCUGUUGGAUGGAGAUUGCCCAACUCGGAGAAGUCGUCUCUGUUGGUGGCCGAUAUGGUGGCCUACCUUCAUCGGAUGCUGGUGACGGUCUCACACCUGCUGAGUCUAUUCCUUACGGUGUCUCUAAGGAGAACCUGGUUUCUGGUGGCAACACCCCUCUCAUGUACGGUGAGAAGGCUAAGGGCGGCUACUUUACUGACGACACCCGCUCCGAGGCAGGUGUGUCUGCUUUUGGCGGAGGCGACAUGUUCAAGAACUUGGACACUCGUGAGCAGAUGGCUGAGCGAGGUAACGAGAAGUCACUCGAGGAGGUCGAAGAGUACAGAGACAAGCCCAGCAGAAAGCGUUGGGUUGCUCUGGUUUUCUUCCUCACAUGGUUCAUUCCCGAUUUCGCCAUCAGACUUAUCGGACGUAUGCCUCGUAAGGAUGUUCGUAUGGCUUGGCGUGAGAAGGUUGCUAUUAACAUGCUCAUUUGGUUGAUGUGUGCUAUUGCGGCCUUCUUCAUGGUUGGAUUCCCUAUGCUCAUUUGCCCCAAGCAGUUCGUCUACAGCGCUGGCGAACUCUCUUCUUACGACGGUGACAAGGGUAGCAAGGGCGCCUACGUUGCCAUUCGCGGAUUCGUCAUCGACCUCGAGAAGUUCAUUCCCAACCAUUACCCCGGUAGUGAUCUUGUCAGCGAGAACACUCUCAUGAAGUACGCUGGAAAGGACAUCACCCCUCUUUUCCCCGUCCAGGUCUCUGCUCUGUGCCAGGGUAAGGACGGUGCCAUUCCCCCUGAGGUUACUCUUGACAACCGUAACACCAACAUCACUGGUCAGCCUCAGCUUCUCGCACAGCGAGAUGUCGAUGUUAACUCUAUUUACCAUGACUUCCGAUACGGUACCAACGACAGCCGACCUGAUUGGUACUUCGAACAGAUGUACACCUUCAAGCAUGUUUACCUCAAGGGCAGAAUGGGUUACAGUCCCAAGUACGUUGAGAAGCUUGCCCGUGAUAGCGCUUGGAACAUUGUCACUAUCCAUGGAAAAGUCUACGAUAUGACCCAGUAUCUCAAGGGUGGUCUUCGAAUGAAGCCCAAGCCUGGCAAAGACGUGCCCAACAUUCCCGGUGCCACUGAGUUUAUGGAGGAUAGCGUGAUCCAGCUUUUCCGAAGUGCCAAGGGUCAAGAUGUCUCCAAGUACUGGGAUAACAUCAAGCUUUCCGCAGUUAAGAAGCAACGCAUGGAGACAUGUCUAAACAACCUAUUCUACAUCGGCGACUCUGAUACCCGAAACUCUACCCGCUGUCAAUUUGCCGAGUACUUCAUUUUGGCCAUCUCAGUCAUGCUUGCAUCUAUUCUGGUCUUCAAGUUCCUUGCUGCGCUACAGUUUGGUGGCAAGAAUGUACCCGAGAACCUUGACAAGUUCGUCAUGUGUAUGAUUCCCGCUUAUACCGAAGAUGAGGACUCUCUGCGCCGUGCCAUCGAUUCGCUUUCUCGCAUGAAGUAUGAUGAUAAGCGUAAGCUUCUUGUCGUUGUUUGUGACGGUAUGAUUAUCGGUCAAGGUAACGACAGGCCUACCCCUCGCAUUGUUUUGGAUAUUCUUGGUGUCUCUGAGACUGUCGACCCCGAGCCCCUCAGCUUUGAGGCUCUUGGUGAGGGUAUGAAGCAACACAACAUGGGUAAGAUCUACUCUGGUCUGUACGAAGUCCAAGGUCACAUUGUCCCCUUCAUGGUCAUCGUCAAGGUCGGCAAGCCUUCUGAGGUCUCUCGUCCCGGUAACCGUGGUAAGCGAGACUCUCAGAUGGUUCUCAUGCGCUUCCUCAACCGCGUUCACUACAACCUCGCCAUGAGCCCUAUGGAACUCGAAAUGUACCACCAAAUCCGCAACAUUAUUGGCGUCAACCCAACCUUCUACGAAUACCUGUUCCAAAUUGAUGCCGAUACUGUCGUUGCCCCGGAUUCAGCUACUCGCAUGAUCUCAGCCUUCAUCGACGAUACUCGCCUGAUUGCCUGCUGUGGUGAAACAGCUCUUACCAACGCCAAGGGCUCGUUCAUUACUAUGAUUCAGGUCUACGAGUACUGGAUUUCCCACAACUUGUCCAAGGCUUUCGAGAGUUUGUUCGGUUCCGUCACUUGUUUGCCUGGUUGUUUCUCCAUGUACCGAAUCAGAGCUGCUGAGACUGGCAAGCCCUUGUUCGUCAGCAAGGAAAUUGUCGAAGACUAUUCUACGAUUCGUGUUGAUACCCUCCACAUGAAGAACCUGCUCCACCUUGGUGAGGACAGAUACCUUACAACCCUGCUCCUCAAGUAUCACUCCAAGUACAAGACGAAGUACCUCUACAGCGCACAGGCUUGGACCAUUGCCCCCGACUCCUGGGCUGUGUUCCUGUCUCAGCGACGUCGUUGGAUUAACUCUACUGUGCACAACUUGGCUGAACUUAUCCCUCUUGCCGAGCUUUGCGGUUUCUGUUGUUUCAGUAUGAGAUUCGUCGUCUUCGUCGAUCUCCUGAGUACCAUCGUCCAGCCCGUUAUCGUUAUGUACAUUGUGUACCUGAUUUACCAGGUCGCUUCCAACCCCUCCGUCGUACCCAUUACAGCUUUCUUGUUGCUUGGUGCUAUCUACGGUCUGCAGGCCAUUAUCUUCAUCUUGCGCCGCAAGUGGGAGAUGGUUGGUUGGAUGAUUAUGUACAUUGCUGCCAUUCCCGUCUUCUCCUUCGGUCUGCCUCUUUACUCUUUCUGGCACAUGGAUGAUUUCAACUGGGGUAACACUCGUGUCAUUGCUGGUGAAUCCGGUAAGAAGAUCGUCGUUUCCGACGAAGGCAAGUUCGAUCCCAACUCGAUCCCUCGCAAGAAGUGGGAGGAGUACCAAGCCGAGCUCUGGGAGACCCAGACCCAGACUGCCCGCGACGAUGUCCGAUCCGAGAUUUCUGGCUACAGUUAUGCCACCAAGGCUCAAGGUCCCUUCUCUGAUUACGGUGGUGGUUACCAACCCAGCCGCCCUGGCUCUACUGCUGGUUUCGGUCACCAGAACAUGUCUCGCAUGUCACUGGCUCACUCUGAGAUGCCCGGUAACCGCAUGAGUCAGUUUGGUGGCUCACAAUUCUUCUCUCCUGAGGAGAUGGUUGGUAUGCCUAGCGAUGAUGCCCUCCUUGCCGAGAUCCGCGACAUCCUCAAGACAGCUGACUUGAUGACCGUCACCAAGAAGGGCAUCAAGCAAGAGCUGGAGAGACGCUUCAACGUUCCUCUAGACGCGAAGAGGGCCUACAUCAACUCUGCAACUGAAGCUUUGCUUUCCGGCCAACUAUAG